AUGUCGCCCUACUUUGGCCUCCGAGGCUCGCAAUUGAAUCGCGCCAUCAUUUGGCUCGUCGUUUGUCCAGCAUUUCUGUGCUAUGGCUACAACCAAGCCGUCACAGGGGGUCUUCUCACCCUUGAGUCGUUUGCCGAGACCUUCCCCCAGAUGAACACGCUCACCACAACGGGCGUGCAGCAAAACUACAACUCUACCAUCCAGGGUACGGUAAUCGCCCUCUACACCGUCGGUGGCAUCUUCGGGUCCCUGUCAUGCAUUUACCUGGGCGAUCUCCUCGGUCGCCGGCGGGUCAUCUUCUUGGCAUCGGCAGUUUCCAUGAUCGGUGCAAUCCUCAUGGCCAGCUCUUUCGGUUUGGCCCAGUUCAUUGUAGCUCGGCUGGUGCUGGGGCUAGGCACGGGCGGCUACGUUGCAACAGUUCCCGUGUGGCAGGCAGAGAUCUCCCAGCCCAGCAAGCGAGGUGCGCAUGUGGUGACGGAUGGCAUCUUCAUUGGAGCGGGUAUCACUAUCUCGCUUUGGAUUGACUUUGGCUUCUACUUCGUGACCGGAAGCUCGGUGUCCUGGCGGUUCCCGCUGGCUCUCCAGAUAGUGUUGUCGUUGAUGGUAAUGGCCUUUGUUAGCGUCCUACCUGAAUCGCCCCGGUGGCUGCUCAAGCGUGGCCGCUCCGAGGAAGCUCGCGAGAUAUUGGCAGCGCUGGCGGAUGUCGGACCACAUGACGAAGCUAUCACGUUGGCCAUGCGCGACAUUGAGCGAUCCCUGGCGCUGACGGGAUCUGGAUCCUGGAAAGAUCUUCUGAGCAUGGGUGAACAGCGCUUGUUCCAUCGAGCGGUGCUGGCCGCCACCGGGCAGAUGUUUCAGCAGAUGUCGGGGAUUAAUUUGAUAACCUUCUACGCCACGACCAUUUUCCAACAAUAUCUGGGCUUGGACGCGGUGCAGUCUCGGGUCUUGGCCGCAGCCAUGUGCCUGACACAGCCACUGGGUGGCUUUCUCGCCUUCUUCACGAUCGACCGGCUUGGCCGCCGAGUGCUGAUGCUCUGGAGUGCGGCGGGUAUGUCCGUUUCGAUGGCGAUACUGGCGGGCACAACGUCGCUAACGAACAACACCGCUGCGCUGGUCGUCGCUGUGAUCUUUCUGUUUGUGUUCGAGUUCAUCUUCACCGUCGGCUACUCUGGCCUCACUUUCCUGUAUGCGACGGAGGUGGCGCCGCUGCAGCUGCGGGCGGCCAUCAGCGCGGUAUCGACGGCGGCGGUGUGGACAUUCAACUUUUUGUUGGCGGAGGUGACUCCGGUGGGCUUCGAUACGAUCUCGUACCGGUACUACAUCAUUUUCGCGGUGUUGAACGCGGCCAUUGUUCCCACGGUGUACUUCUUCUUUCCAGAGACCAACGGUCGGUCGCUCGAGGAAAUCGACGAGAUCUUCCUGCAGUCGAAGAGCCUGCUGGAUCCGCCUCGCCUGGCGCGAACCCUGCCACGAAUGCAUUUGGCGGAAGUGGUCGAUGAAACGGAGACAGAAUCCGGGGGCGAAAACGUUAAAGGUAAGAUGUGA